AUGCUCACUUAUUACAGUUGCGCUUCAUUUGCAUAUCUGCCGUUAUGGAACCGAUUGAUGCAUCACUACUUUCCACCCAAAAACUUCACUGAUAGAUGCUGGCAGCCGGAUACAGGUAUUGGAGUGGUUCAAUGCUCUUCAGCCUGCUUCACACUAGUCGAACAAAUUGAUCAGAAUGACUAUUCUCCAUCAGCCGAAUAUCAUGGAGUUCUUCGAGGAUGUGUAGAUCGACUUCUACUCUUCGGACUCGACGAUGACGUUCGCAAUGUCCUGACUCAACCAUAUCCACAAAGAAUUUGUCGUCAAACUGAUCGAAAACUUUUGCGACUUCAGCCACUUUCAGAAGAAAGUGAAUUGGUAACGUUUUGCUCAUGUACCGGAGAUCACUGUAAUGAUCAAGAUAUGUUGUUAGCCAUCAAUUCCUCAAGGAAAUCAUUCUUAUGCGGUCUUUCAUCACUUUUUUUGAUUAUUUUCUAUUUUCAUAUGUGA